AUCAGUUCUUCAUCCCUUUCUCCGCAGUUCAAAUAUAUGAUAUUUCAUAUAUUCACUUUCAUUCAUGUAGAAUGAAUUAGUUGUUAUUGUCCUGCUGCAUACUCUGAGUUAAAGUGUAAUGUUCAGUAUCGAUAAAUUUCUUUUAGGCUUUCAUGGGAAAAUAGAAAUACCGGUAUGAAGAAAGACGAAGAUAAGCGAAUACAGGAAGCUGAUGCUAGAAGUACUUUGUACCCCAUGACCUCCAUGCAAGAAGAGACACACACUUCAACAAAAAGAACAGCUUCAGAAGCCUCUACGAGUAAACUAAAACAAGGCACACCCACAUCUGAUGAAUUAGAAAAACUGGGUGUUGACAUUGCAGGAGAUUGGAUGAAACUUGGGCGUCGCCUAGGUGUCAGCGAUGCAAAACUCGAAGAAAUAGAUCAUUGUUAUGACCAACUGUCUGAAAAGGGAUACCAGAUGUUAAAACACUGGAGACAAGACAAAGGUUCUGAUGCGACCUACCAGGCUUUGUGUGAUGGGUUAUUAAAUGAACUAGUCCAGCGCAGAAUCUUGGCAGAGAAGUUCUGUUACACUAAUGCUUCACAGAAGAUCAAAAAAGGCUCUUCCAUAAGAAAGAAACGUAAAGUGCCAUGUUCAAGUUAUGGUAAUCAAGGCAAUUUAAAGAAGGCAAAGCGUAAAUCAAGUCAGCAGACAUCAGAACCAGCCCUUGAAGAUGCAGAUGGAGAUACAGCUUCACCAUCUUCUUCAGAUUGCACAGAAGCAGACAGUGACAGAAAAGGAGAUUUGGCAACAGGACUAAGAGAUCCGUCUUUCAAAGGCAAGAAUGGAAGGAACUUACUGCACAUUGCUUCAAAGAUUGGUAAUGUCGCCAUCAUCGAGAUAAUGCUGUCACGUGGUUUUGAUAUCAAUUCAAAAGAUAGUGAUGGUGACACUCCCUUGAUGAUCGCGGCUUUCACUGGCAAUAUGGAGGUCGUAAACUAUCUUUUAGACAAGGGAGCAGAUGCGUCUUUGAAAGGCCAGGAUGGAAAGAACUUACUGCACUCUGCUUCAGAGGGUGGUAAUGUCGCCAUCAUCGAGACAAUGCUCUCACGUGGUCUUGAUAUCAAUUCAAAGGAUAGUAAUGGUGACACUCCCUUGAUGAUCGCGGCUUUCUCUGGCGAGAUGGCGGGCGUAAGCUAUCUUUUAGACAAGGGAGCAGAUGCGUCUUUGAAAGGCCAGUAUGGAAGGAACUUACUGCACAUUGCUUCACAGAUUGGUAAUGUCGCCAUCAUCGAGAUAAUGCUGUCACGUGGUUUUGAUAUCAAUUCAAAAGAUAGUAAUGGUGACACUCCCUUGAUGAUCGCGGCUUUGUGUGGCAAGAUGGCGGCCGUAAACUAUCUUUUAGACAAGGGAGCAGAUGCGUCUUUGAAAGGCCAGUAUGGAAGGAACUUACUGCACAACGCUUCCAAUGGUGGUAAUGUCGCCAUCAUCGAGACAACGCUGUCACGUGGUCUUGAUAUCUAUUCAAAAGAUAGUAAUGGUAAUACUCCCUUGAUGAUCGCGGCUUUGUGUGGCAAGGUGGAGGCCGUAAACUAUCUUUUAGACAAAGGAGCAGAUGCGUCUUUGAAAGGCCAGAAUGGAAGGAACUUACUGCACAUGGCUUCCGAUGGUGGUAAUGUCGCCAUCAUCGAAACAAUGUUGUCACGUGGUCUUGAUAUCAAUUCAAAAGAUAGUUUUGGUAAUACUCCCCUGAUGAUCGCAGCUUUCUCUGGCAAGGUGGAAGCCGUAAACUAUCUUUUAGACAAGGGAGCAGAUGCGUCUUUGAACGGCCGGUGUGGAAGGAACUUACUGCACAACGCUUCCUAUGGUGGUAAUGUCGCCAUCAUCGAGACAAUGUUGUCACAUGGUGAUGAUAUCAAUUUAAAAGAUAGUAAUGGUGACACUCCGUUGACAAUCGCGGUAGUUCGUGGUAAAGCCGAAGCUGUGGAGUAUCUUCUCAGCAGGGGAGCGCAGCAUUCAGAGAUAUACCUCAUUACACAGAUUCGAGGAUCUUCAUCGAACGAGAGAAAUUCUAGCUUAAUGAAAACAAUUUUAAAGAUAAAGUUUCUGCAGGAUGCAGAGUUUUUAAGUGUUCAAGGACUAUAUUCACAUCCCAAACUUCCUUAUCUGUCUUUGAAAGGCAAGUGUCAAAAUGAAGAUAACGUACUACACAGUGCUUCAAAGGGUGGUAAUGUCGUCAUCAUCGAGACAGUGUUGUCAUGUGGUCUUGAUAUCAAUUCAAGAAAUAGUCAUGGUCAAACUCCCUUAAUAAUCGCGGCUGUGUGUGGCAAGAUGGAGGCCGUAAACUGUCUUUUAGACAAGGGAGCAGAUGCGUCUUUGAAAGACCAGUAUGGAAGCAACUUACUGCACUCUGCAACACAGGGUGGUAAUGUCGCCAUCAUCGAGACAGUGCUGUCACGUGGUUUUGAUAUCAAUUCAAAAGAUAGUAAUGGUGAUACUCCCUUGAUGAUCGCAGCUGUGUGUUGCGAGAUGGAGGUCGUACACUAUCUUUUAGAUAAGGGAGCAGAUACGUCUUUGAAAGGCCAGUAUGGAUGGAACUUACUUCACCACGCUUCCUGGGGUGGUGAUGUCGCCAUCAUCGAGACGAUGCUGUCACAUGGUUUUGAUAUUAAUUCAAAAGAUAGUGAUGGUGACACUCCCUUGAUGAUCGCGGCUUUUAGUGGCGAGAUGGAGGCCGUAAACUAUCUUUUAGACAAGGGAGCAGAUGUGUCUUUGAAAGGCCAGUAUGGAAGGAACUUACUUCACCACGCUUCCAAGGGUGGUAAUGUCGCCGUGAUCGAGACAAUGCUGUCACGUGGUUUUGAUAUCAAUUCAAAAGAUAGUAAUGGUGAAACUCCAUUGAUGAUCGCGGCAGCUGAUGGUAAAGCUGAAGCUCUGAAGUAUCUACUCAGCAGGGGAGCACAUGUAAAUGGAGAUACAGCGUCGCCAUCCUCUUCAGAUUACACAGAAGCAGUCAGUUACAGAAAAGGAGAUUCAGCAACAGCUGGACCAAGAGAUGCAAAUGGAGAUAAAGCUUCACCAUCCUCUUCAGAUUGCACAGAAGUAGACAGUGACAGGAAAGGAGAUCUGGCAAUAGGACCAAGAGAUCCGUCUUUGAAAAGCAAGUAUCAAAAUGAAGAGAACGUACUACACUCUGCUUCAAUGGGUGGUAAUGUCGCCAUCAUCGAGACAAUGCUGUCACGUGGUUUUGAUAUCAAUUCAAAAGAUAGUAGUGGUGACACUCCCUUGAUGAUCGCGGCUUUCUCUGGCAAGAUGGAGGCCGUAAACUAUUUUUUAGACAAGGGAGCAGAUGCGUCUUUGAAAGGCCAGUAUGGAAGGAACUUACUGCACAACGCUUCCCGUGGUGGUAAUGUCGCCAUCAUCGAAACAAUGCUCUCACGUGGUUUUGAUAUCAAUUCAAAAGAUGGUCAAGGUAAUACUCCCUUAAUCAUUGCGGCUGCGUUUGGCAAGAUGGAGGCCGUAAACUAUCUUUUAGACAAGGGAGCAGAUGCGUCUUUGAAAGGCCAGGUUGGAAGGAACUUACUGCACGGCGCUUCCUAUGGUGGUAAUGUCGCCAUCAUCGAAACAACGCUGUCACGUGGUUUUGAUAUCAAUUCAAAAGAUAGUUAUGGUAACACUCCCUUGAUGACCGCGGCUUACACUGGCAAGACGGAGGCCGUAAACUAUCUUUUAGACAAGGGAGCGGAUGCGUCUUUGAAAGGCCAGUAUGGAAGGAACUUACUGCACAACGCUUCCGAUGGUGGUAAUGUCGUCAUCAUCGAGACAAUGCUGUCACGUGGCUUUGAUAUCAAUUCAAAAGAUAGUAAUGGUGACACUCCGUUGACGAUCGCGGCAGGUCGUGGUAACGCUGAAGCUGUGAAUUAUAUACUCAGCAGGGGAGCACGUUAGUCUUCUACUUCAUAUUUAUAUUGCCGUCAUUUUUAAGACGGCACAUUAGCAGUUAGUGUUUUCACGCUCAAUGUUGUGAUAAAAUUAGUGAGAAAUUUUGGUAACUUGUGUAGAGUUUGAACUCACAUAUUUAGGGUUAUUAAGAGUGUUACUCUGACAGCUGUAUUGGCUCCUCAAGGAGGAAUAGAAUAGUGAAUUCGUUAUUUUCUGUAAUGGAACAUUCAAAGUCACGCAACAAUGAUUUCAGGAUAUAUUGUUUUACUGUGUUCACAGAGAGCAGAGGAACUAGGGAUCUACAACUUUAAGUAUAGGUUUUCAUGAAUUUCCCUAUAGUCAAAUAUAUCAAUUUCAAUGUUAUUAAUUUCAAAUUCCCACAGCAUAUCGCAAGGUAUCAGUAUAUUUAGUUGGUAGAAUGAAGUAAUAGCUGAUAGUAUCUUAAUUCCAUAGCACCCAGUUGAUUUUCACGGUAGU